UGAACAUCCUAUAAUAGGGGGGUUCCGAUGAGGACAUCGGUGUAGAGUGUAGGCGUUUGUGGGGGACAUGAGAUUGAUCACAUUAUAAUCAACUUUCUCAGUUUUCAUCAUGGAGUGCAGGAGGCUCCUUUGGUGCUUCUCCUUUCUUGUUAUUGGUGCCAGUUCUUCUGCCAUUCAGACGUUAUUUAACACUGAAGAUCUUAAAAACAUUGAGUUUGGACACGAGUAUCCUCGCCAUGGUCUUCUGCUGCUGCACUGGUUUGCUGGCCAUGUCUUCAUCAGUGAAACCGAAGACAUCCAGCUUGAUUUUAACCCAGAGCGACGGGACUACGGCUUCCGGUACUAUAAACCCCCACAAAACGUCCAGAACAUGGCUCUCCCACAGUUGGACACCUCCUUGGACAGAGUGUACUACUCUAUGGGAAGUCUCGGUUCAGAGGACAUCCGAACCCAGCUGCCUCCGUACGUAACCCAAGAAUUUUACAACUCCAAUGACAAUCCCCGGAACGAUGUAGACCGUAUUGUUGUCCGAGUUCACAAGAGCAACCCAACGAUUGCUGACAAAGUGUACGUUACAGAAUCGGUGAAAGGAGGCGCUGGCAGGUUUGACCUAAAUAAAACCUAUGAGAUCAGUUCAAAGCUUCUAAAGCAGGUUCAAAUCCUGCAGAAGCCAAUUGAUGUUCUACAAGCCCUUGCAUCAGGUAUGUUUGGUCAACUGGACUCAAAUGCAACACUGUCAGAUGAUCCCAGACUCAAACUUUCCAAAGAGGAGCUCUUGAACCACCUGAAACACAAUGAAAAACGUCUCAAGACCAUUUUUGAGCAACCCGGUGUGAGGUGGCUUCUAAGUCUGGCAGGAUACGAUAUAGAUGGCAGGUAUGAAAUCCAUAAGCAAAUCUGGCUCUGCUCAACGGACGAAUCAGACAGACCUGGAGAACCUUCUAGUGAUCCUAAGACGAUGUGCGAUGGACAGAACCCAGUGAAAAUAGAGGUGAAAUCCACAUCAGAUGGGUACGCCAAGUUAAUAUGGAGUGGUAUUCCCAAGAACAUUUUACAACAGGAAGCUUCUAUUGUCCUUUUUAGUAGCGACACAGCUAGCGUCCUUGAGACCUUUGAAAUUCUUUCUGGAAGAGAAUCAGGAUCCACAGGCACCUUUGUGGCACUGAGUAAUGGGCUUCAUCCACGUCUUAUUACCUACAGUUUUGGAACAGGACACGGCUUCAUCGGACUACAUUAUUCGGUCAUUUGGAGAGGGAUGCAGUUUGACGCCGCUAACAGGGUCAUUCCCACUGAAAUUAGCGGCUACAACGCAAGCCUCCAGCUCUACACCGUUCAAGGCUACGCAUGCGCUCGCCUCUACAUCAAGAAGUCCUUCACAGAUUGGAAAGAUGUGUUCCAGAACUCAUGGGUUGGAUUCUACACCAGCGAGAAAGAUGCUGUCAAAAAUUAUCAGUACUAUCAGUGGGUCACUAAAUUCGAGGAGGCCGAUGAUGAAGACGAAACCAAAGAGUAUCUCAUCUAUCAGUACCAGUCAUCUAUGAGCAUUGGUCCUGGAGUUCAAGCUCGUUUUCUGUUCUCUCGAGGGACUCCUGGGUAUUUUAGCAGGUGGUAUUCACCCACUGUGAAAGCCCGCACUGUUCCUUGGGAAAAAAAGUGAAAGCUAAACAAGAAACAAGUGAGGUGUAUGUUAUCAUGGAAGGUAUAAUUAUUUCCAAUCUAAUCUGUGAAUCCUAUAAUUCUUGUUUUGAAAUACUUACUAUUCUACCCAGGUGCCAUUUUGGAGGUGUGAUGUUUCUUUCUGUUGGCCUUAGUGGGGACCUGUGCAGUGUCUAGGCUUUGCCCCUCACCUGAGGACCAUCAUGACUAGACACAGCUGCAGCUCACUCAAAGUACUAAUCACUGGCGGAUCAAGGGGCGGGGCCACAGAGGCAUUGGCCUGUCCUGUCACUCAUCUGUCCUUUGCCUGAGAGCAGUAAUCGGAUUAUAAGUGGAUGCAAUUCCAUACCCAAACACUAGUGUUGCUAAAGUCUCAAAUAGGAGUGUCAUGCAUGAUUAAAGCUCAUGUUGGAGUGAUUAUUUUGAUGUUUCGAACUGUGAAAUUAAUUUGUGAAAAAGUAAAAAGGAUUUUAAAAAAUGAAUAAAAUGCUAGAUUUUCUCACAUGCUGUGUGUAUUAGAGAGUAUUUUGCCUAUGUACAUGUACAAUUUGUAAAAAGAUUAAUAUUGGUAAGGAGUUAAUUGUGUGCCAAACGUUUUACACAAAAAUAUAAAAAAAAAACAAUCAAAAGUAUUGCAGAUUAUUUACAUGUAGAAGCAAAAUCCACCAAAAUCCACAGAAUAAUACACAAAAAUCAUUUUCAAAUAACUGCAAAGAAUAAUAAUAUUAAGUAAUUAAAUAUUAAUAUUAUUUAAUGAAGAAUAUUAAGAUUCUUAAUUAAAUAAUAUUAAGAAUCUUUUAUCUAAAAUUUAAAUACAUUAGAUAUAUUUUUUGCUAUAUUUGCACUUUUUUCUUUUGAUUCUUAAAAUUUUGAUUGCAGAUUUUAUUGUUUUGUGUAAAACUUUUGUUUUUAAUAACAAUAAAAAGGGUUUGAACAUGCUGUGACUGGUGAAAUAAUACCCGGCCCCUCUACGGAUUUUUUGGCCCCUUUAUGCCCCUUACUCAAAAUCUUAGAUCCACCACUGGAACUCAUAAGGACUCUUUUUAAGCAGCUCACUGUGUCUUGUUUUAUAUGUACCUAUCCUAAUUUCUGCCUUGUUUUUGGAUAUGGUUAUGAAUUUGCCUGUGUUAUUCCUGCCUGCCUGUUUCCUAAUCUCUGCCCAUCACGUUUGUUAAUUCCAUUAAAUAAAGUCCCUUUACACACACA